AUGAAGGAAUUGUUUGCUUUUUUACUUAUUAGUAGCCUGAAUGGAGUUGUUACACAAGGUUCUAUCCUUUUCAUUGGGAAUGAAACGAAUUCUACAACUCUGAAAUGGGCCAUUUCCAAUAGUAAUCCAAGUGUUUCAUUAGAAUUCGUUAACCAGACCUAUCAACUAGUUCUGCUACAAGCUAUCGAUCUUGACGUAACAAAUCCUGGUGAUGUAUGUAAUGCUGCUCUGCAGAACUUUCAGCUAACGGUGUCGUGUAAUAAACUUCAAGGAGAUCCCGUUGAUGAAUACAUAUCGUUUCACGUCAGUUCAGCGAAUGAAUACCAGCCAGUAGCGGAUAAAAGUGAACCGAUCCGAAUACAGGAGGGAGAAAUGCCUACUCCAAUAUUCAUCAAGCGUUUGUUCAAUAUGUUUAAAGACCGUGACUGUCCGAAGGAAACCCCGAUGAUCAGCAUCUCAAUGGCUACUGGGGAGACAGAUGCAGGUGAAUAUUUCACAGUAAACAAGACAUCGGGAUAUCUGCAUCAAAUAAAGAAUUUUGAUUACGAAGAAACCAGCAUACAAUGUAACCUAGGAAAAACCGGAGGAGUACUAAACAUCACAGCAACGGAUGGUCCUCACAGCAUUUCUAAACUUUUGAAUGUUAUAUUUGUUGAUGUGGAUGACUCUCCUCCCGUGUUUGUCAGAUCCGACUGCUCUACAACGUGUUACACAUGUCCAGUUUCAAAUAUUUCUGUUACCAUUUAUUAUUUCGAUCAGGGUAUUAUUAAAACUGAGCCUACCGGCAUAAAAGCCCUGGAUCCAGACACUCCUCAGUCAAAUAUCACGUACAGUUUAGACGUUUAUCCUGAAGAAUACAAAGACAAUAUUGAGUUUGAAAAUGGAAGUUUCAUCCUCAAUCAGUCAUUUGCAAACUUCUCCAACUUCAAUGAGCCUUCCGACUUCAGUGUGGUGAUAAUUCUGCGGGCUACAGGAAGUAAUGGCCAGAAUUCAGACAAUUUCACUUUAACCGUAAAUGUGACGGUUCCUCCAACCACAACUCCGGAACCAACAACAGAACCCACAACAACCCCGCCAACCACUACAGAGGAAGUGACGUCACAACCGACUACCAUGACACCUACAACACCUCAACCGUCGACGACCACCCCUGCCCCCACUACAACAGCACCCAUUGCGAACCCCAACCCAGAUGCAAGUACCGAUAACAAGGUGUUGAUUAUCGUUUUACCUAUAGUGGCAGCUCUGGUUCUUAUUAGUGUGCUAGUGAUUAUUUACAAGACGAGGAAAUCCCAGCCUCAGCAGAAGUACAAGCUGGGGGAGAACGGUAUUAAUGGGGAUGCUGGCCAUAACGAUACAUCUACCGAGAUGGACAACCCUACCUUCAAAGGCGAGAAGGAAGGCGUUUGAGAGGGGGAUGUCUUAAAAAUGACACAGAGAUUUUACAUUCCAUUAUCAUUUUAAGUUCCAUGUGCUACUCAAGAGUCUCGUUUUUUUUUUCAAGAGUUGUUCACUUUUGUUCGGGGUGCUUUUUAAGACCUUUUGAUUACAUGCAUAUGUACUCUAGGAAAUCAAAAUAUAUUGAUAUUGCAAUAACAUAUCAAAUAUCAGUGUAAUAGUGUAUAGCAAUUCUCAUAGUAACUUAAAUGCUGAAUAAUAGUAAUAUGCAGUGAUUUUUAUUUCAAUAUGCCAAGUACGGCAUUUCACAUACAUGUAGUAACAUGAGUAUGUGUAGUGUUUUAGCUUGCUGUGAAAGCGGGCCAAAAGUUGUUUUGCUUUUUCUCAUUUUGUGUGUGGUGAAGGUUUGUCAUGGGCUGAUGGAGCGUAGAAGUGAAAGAAAAAAGGACGACUUUUUACAAUUCGUAUCUUAUUUAUUGUUCUUGUGCUAUAAAUAUAUAAACUCUU